AAUGAUGGAUUUCGAUUAUGUUUGUCGACGAGAAACUCCUUCUGUUGUUGCAUCAACUUAUCCUUUUACAGGGGAUCAUAAACAAAAAUUUUAUUUUGGUCAAAAUGAAUUGCUUGUCCCAGCUUACAAAUCUAUGGAAAAGGCUUUUCGUUCCCACCCAGAUGCUUCUGUAAUGAUUACUUUUGCGUCUAUGCGUUCUGUUUUUGACACAGUCGUGGAAGCUCUUCAAUUCUCCGAUCAAAUUAAAGUUAUUGCAAUUAUUGCUGAAGGAGUACCUGAAAACCAAACAAGAAAAUUGAUCAAGAUUGCACGUGAAAAAGGUGUUGUUAUAAUUGGACCUGCAACUGUCGGAGGUAUUAAACCUGGAUGUUUCAAAAUUGGAAAUACUGGUGGGAUGAUGGAUAAUAUUUUGGCAUCAAAAUUGUAUCGUCCUGGAAGUGUUGCUUAUGUUUCUCGUUCUGGUGGAAUGUCGAAUGAAUUAAACAAUAUUCUUGCACACAAUACUGAUGGUGUUUUUGAAGGAAUAGCUAUUGGUGGUGAUCGUUAUCCUGGAUCAACAUUUACUGACCAUAUUUUACGUUUCCAAGAUGAUCCCAGAGUUAAAAUGCUUGUAUUACUUGGAGAACUUGGUGGAGAAGAAGAAUACAAGAUAGCCGAAGCGCUUGAAUCAAAAAGAAUUACCAAACCAUUAAUUGCCUGGUGUAUUGGUACUUGUGCUGAUCAUAUAGUUUCUGAUGUUCAAUUUGGACAUGCUGGAGCAUCCGCAAAUGCAGCAAGAGAAACGGCAAUGGCUAAAAAUAAAGCUUUAAAAUUGGCUGGAGCAUAUGUUCCUGACUCUUUUGAUGAUUUUGGAAUUUUGAUUGCCAAAGUUUAUGCUCAACUGGUAGCAAAUAGAACGAUAGUUCCCCAACCCGAAGAGCCUCCUCCACCUGUACCAAUGGACUAUGCAUGGGCUAAAGAGCUUGGUCUAAUCCGUAAACCUGCAUCAUUUAUGACUUCAAUAUGUGAUGAACGUGGUGAAGAACUUCUUUAUGCUGGCGUUCCAAUUAGUCGAGUACUCGAAAAUAAUGUUGGUGUUGGUGGAGUGCUUAGCCUUUUAUGGUUCCAGAAACGACUUCCAGACUAUGCAAAUCGCUUUAUUGAAAUUUGUUUAAUGCUGACUGCUGAUCAUGGUCCUGCUGUGAGCGGUGCACAUAAUACAAUUGUUUGUGCUCGUGCUGGAAAAGAUUUGAUUUCUUCAUUAGUUUCUGGCCUUUUAACAAUUGGUGAUCGCUUUGGAGGUGCUUUGGAUGGAGCAGCAAAAAUAUUUACUCAAGCUUUGGAUAAAGGUUUAAGCCCUAUGCAAUUUGUGAAUGAACAAAAGAAGUUGGGCCGAUUAAUUCCAGGAAUUGGACAUCGAGUCAAAUCUAUAAAUAAUCCAGACAAACGUGUUGAAAUAUUAAAAAAGUUUGCUUUGGAUAAAAAAGUUUUUAAACAAGAAACUCCAUUAUUUGAUUAUGCUUUAAAAGUCGAACAAAUUACUACUUCGAAGAAACCAAAUUUAAUUCUCAACGUUGAUGGAGCAAUUGGCACAAUUUUUGUUGAUAUUUUGCGUAAUUCUGGAAUGUUUACCGCACAAGAAGCAUUAGAAAUGGUGGAAAUUGGAGCUUUGAAUGGACUUUUUGUUUUGGGACGAAGUCUUGGAUUUAUUGGGCAUUAUCUUGACCAACGCCGACUUAAACAACCUCUUUAUCGCCAUCCUUGGGAUGAUAUAAGUUAUAUAAUGCCAGAAGCUGAUUAUGGAGAUACUCCUCCCAGCCUUUAA